GCGGCGGGGGGGUUGAUGCCCGGCGGCGGGGGGAGCCCGGCGCCCUGCAGUCUCCUGGCCGCCUCGGAGCCGCGGGGGGGCGAGGAGGCAGCGGCGGCGGGGCCCGGGUCCGGCGGCCCCGGGGGCUCCUCCUGCGGCGGGGUCGGGGGCCCCGGGCCCGGCGGCGGCGGCCCCGGGGGCAGGAUGAGUCUGUCUCCGAAGGAGCUGUCUAGCCUGCUGGGCAUCAUCUCGGAGGAGGCCGGCGGCGGCAGCACCUUCGAGGGCCUGUCCAGCGCCUUCCAUCACUACUUCAGCAAGGCGGACCACUUCCGCCUGGGCUCGGUGCUCGUGAUGCUGCUCCAGCAGCCGGACCUGCUGCCCAGCGCGGCGCAGCGCCUCACCGCGCUCUACCUACUCUGGGAGAUGUACCGCACCGAGCCCCUCGCCGCCAAUCCCUUCGCGGCCAGCUUCGCCCACCUGCUCAACCCGGCGUCCCCGGGCCGCGGCAGCCAGGAGCCCGACCGGCCCCCGCUCUCAGGAUUUUUGCCUCCUAUAACUCCACCAGAAAAGUUUUUUCUUUCCCAGCUAAUGCUGGCCCCACCAAGAGAACUCUUCAAAAAGACACCUCGACAGAUUGCCUUAAUGGAUGUAGGAAACAUGGCCCAGUCAGUGGACAUCAGUGGGCUUCAGCUAGCAUUGGCUGAACGGCAAUCUGAAUUACCAACACAAAGCAAAGCUAGCUUCCCUAGCAUUCUCAGUGACCCAGAUCCAGAUUCUUCAAAUUCUGGUUUUGAUAGUUCUGUUGCCUCACAGAUCACAGAAGCUUUAGUCAGUGGACCAAAGCCACCUAUUGAAAGUCACUUUCGACCAGAAUUUAUCCGCCCACCACCUCCGCUCCAUAUUUGUGAAGAUGAACUUGCUUGGUUAAACCCAACAGAGCCUGAUCAUGCAAUUCAGUGGGACAAAUCCAUGUGUGUUAAAAAUAGCACUGGUGUUGAGAUCAAACGUAUAAUGGCUAAAGCUUUUAAAAGUCCCUUGUCUUCUCCACAACAAACACAGCUCCUUGGGGAAUUAGAAAAAGAUCCCAAGCUCGUUUAUCACAUCGGCCUCUCUCCUGCCAAACUGCCCGACCUCGUGGAAAAUAAUCCUCUAGUUGCUAUAGAAAUGUUAUUGAAAUUAAUGCAGUCAAGCCAGAUAACAGAGUAUUUUUCCGUCCUGGUCAACAUGGAUAUGUCUUUACAUUCGAUGGAAGUUGUAAAUCGACUUACAACCGCUGUUGAUCUACCUCCUGAGUUUAUUCACCUUUAUAUAUCAAAUUGUAUCUCUACCUGUGAGCAGAUUAAGGACAAAUACAUGCAGAAUCGUUUGGUGCGGCUUGUAUGUGUCUUUCUCCAGUCUUUGAUCCGCAACAAAAUAAUUAAUGUACAAGAUUUAUUCAUAGAAGUGCAAGCAUUCUGUAUUGAAUUCAGUCGGAUACGAGAAGCAGCAGGCCUUUUCCGACUAUUGAAGACACUGGAUACAGGGGAAAAUCCUUCUGAGACUAAGACAUCAAAAUAAGGCCUCACCAGUUCUGCCGCUCACUUGUAUACUAUGUUUUAAUUUUUUAAACUGUUAGAACCCUGAAUGGAUGGAUGGCCUGGACUAAUACAUUUUGCCCAUUUUAAACAAAACUUUGCCCUUUUUUGCUACUGAUUUUCCUUUAAAUGAAUCUAAUGGAUGAAAUAGAAGGUUUUGUCUUUGGCUGCCUUUCCAUGGAAAGAACUAUCCUGAACUACAAACCCAAGUAGGCACUAGAGAGCAAGCUUCCUGUUUUGGUUUAUAAAAACAGCAACUCCUUAAAAAUAAAUCAUGACUCAAGCUUCCCAAAACUCAGGCAAACUUUUAAGGAAUUAUUUAAAUGGGAAUAAACAAAAGAUUACAGAAUUCAUGAACUGAAUUUUGCUUUAGAUCCUACAAGCUUUAAUUUGUGAUUGAAUUCUCAGAAUAACAAAUUAAAGGAAAAUAUAACUUUCCUUAAAAGUUUUAAUUAAGCACACUAUGAACUUGCUAAAGAAAAACUUUGAUCUUCUACCCUUUAAGAUGCUGGGACUUUUCAACCUGCUCCAUUCUGACUUUCCAACGUGGGUAUUCUCAUAAAAAUGUUACUAGUUUCUAGACCUGGUUCUAUUUUUUUUUUGUUGUUCACAUUUUCCAUUAGUAGGUUUUAUAAGAGGUGAUUAUCAAAAGGAUGUUUCAACUAAGGAAAAGUAGAGUUCCUAGGUGUGGUUGGGAUCAUCGUACCUACCAGGGUUAUCAGAGCUUGUGUUAAGUGUCAUCAGAAAAAAGGAGAAAAGCAAGUUACAUCCUCUUUGAAAAGAAUGGAAAAAUACAACUAACUGCAAGCUGAUAUUUAAGCCCUAAUCUAUCUCACCUUUUGGGCAACAGUGCCUUACCUCAAAAAAAAUCAUUUUUUUACAUGUAAUUUGAUUUGUAUAUCCCUUUUCAGCAAAGUAGGUAGUACUUUUAUUAGGAAAUCCUACCUUGACUGCCUUUCCUUUAUCAGAAGGAAAUCAAAGCAAACCUAAGGCAGCUAUGUUGUUUCAUUCCUAUAAUUUAAUUGGGGGUGGGGUGGUUUAUAUUCUAUAUGGAUUUGUUGAAUAAACAGCCUGUUCUUAUGAGGUGGGGGAUUUAUGAGUUCUUAACAGUGUUUUUGCUUGGAGGAAAAGAACUAAAAGGUUUUAAAUACCUUUUUAAAAAAAAAUAAAGUGGUUUAACCCGAAGGCUAACAACUUCUAAGAACAUAGACUUGUGGUACAAUGGCUUUGUGUUACCAUGGCUGAAAAUUAUUUCCAUACCUUUCUAUUAGUUUUCUAGUUUGCUUUUUUUUUCCAACAUUUUAAGAAAUUAAGGAAAUUAAAAUUUGGUGUGGAAUAAAAGUUACUAGAUUCCUUAAUAUUUUCAAAUAGAACUCCUAUCCUUUCAACUCAGAAAUCCCAUAGCCAUUUCUCUUCUCUCCUGGAUAGGAACUUAACUUGUAUUAAUAAAAGUAUCACUAAGAGAA